AAAGAAUAAUUAUAAUGUACUGUUUUGUUUUUUUGUAUGUGUGCUGCUCUCGUAAGUAGGUGAUUGUGAUAUUUUGGAGGACAUGGUGCUGAGAAGAAUAUUUGGCGAGACCAGGGGAAGGGGCAGGAAAGUAGAGAAAAGUGCUGCUAUUUCUAUUUGAAGGAAGGCAUAGAUGCUAAGCAGGUUGUCAAAUGCAGUUCGUAGUUAACAUUGUUUCAUCUCGUUUAUGUCAUUACUUCCAUUCCACAGAAAUAAUUUGUGCAAUUAUUAGGUCAUCAAAUCAAGGAGGGGGCGUUUAGCGUGAUCAGAUAAUGUUGAGUGAUGCAAAAAGUUUAGAAUCCAAAGAAGAAAUUGGCGUUUGCCGCCGCGAGAGCUUGAAAUUUCAGUUGGAGGGAAAUUAUUGAUAUGGAGGGAAAUUUCUAGUGUGUGUUUGAUUUGUGUUCGUUGUGUGGCGCUAUGGCAUUACUGAAUGUGGCCAGGUAUGGAAUCAUUUAUUGAUCCGGAUGACAGUUCGAACUCAAACUCUAAAUUCGACAACAGUGACUACAGCACUGACACAGGGGAAUUUACGUCUGUGGUCGGGGGCACAAAACAAAUAUCGCAGAAAAUAGCGACAGCGUUAAAGAAAUUAACCCAGAAUGACAACAUGAAAUUUAUGGAGAAUUUUGAUCCAGAAAGAAGCAACAGAGAACGCAGGAAACUGACGCGAAAAAUUUACACUGGCGGGAGGAAGCAGACGAGCCUGUAUGAUUUUAAGGGCAUGCUCAUGGCGCUGGAGAAGGAUCUAUGCGAUUGCUUGGAAGAAACCUGUCCAGGGUGCCAUUUCCCGUGCCCAAAGUGUCGUUCUUGCAUGUGUGGCCAUGAAUGCAGGCAGAACAGGAAGUGGAUGUAUGACUCCGUUGAAAUCGAAGGCACCGAAGAUGCGGUCAGGAACAAGUUCAGAGCUCCAGUGUCAGAGCAGCGAGAGGCCUCUGGUGAUGGAGUUUCUGCCAGAUGACGGGGCCCCGCUAGUGGUACCCCUCAGCAGUGGACUGCCCUUCGGCUCGGAGCUGUCUCUGGAGGGCUCAGUCCCACCCGGCGCGCAGGAAUUUUCAGUCGAGCUGCUGGUCCCAGAUGAUGUGGAGUUCACGGAGCAGUCAGCAAUGGCAUUUAGUUUCCAUGCUCGAUUUGAUGUGGAGCAGGUCUACCAUAAUUCUUUCCUUAAACAUGCCUGGGGGCAACAGGAGAUCCCUUACUGGUUCCCACUACAAGCAGAUGCCGAGUUUAACGUCAGUCUCCAGUCAGACAACCAGGGCUUCAAGGUUAAUGUGAAUGGGGCCCUUUUCUGGAUGUUCUUUCAUCGUGUCGACCCCUCCCAGGUGUCACACGUGCGUGUCUUUGGUGAUGUUUCUCUUUACAAGCUCAUUUACCAUGUGGGAGCACAGCAAGUCUGCCGGCCACGAGCAGACCUCCGCGCACAACAACUGCCAGUUUCAGGUGCCGUGCCAUACCUGUCACAGUUACGAUACCCGUUCUCCACGGGCUCCGUCAUCUCGGUGGCUGGCACCCUGCACAGCAACGCUGACUGGAUUAUCAUCAAUCUGCAGUCCGAUCAAGACAACGAGGAGGUGAUAGUGCUACAGUUUAAUGCACGUCUUAAGGAUGGCGCAGUUUUACACAACACGUUCUUCAAUGGCGCCUGGGGCUGGGAUUUCAGCAACGACUCAGUACCACUGCAGAGAGGGGCUGCCUUCACCAUUGACUUCCACUCUGAGCACAGGCACAUCAAGGUUUGCGCCAAUGGUGCGCUGUUCUCACGCUAUGAGCACCGCUUGAACCCUGAGCGCGUGACCAUGGUUUUGGUGAAUGGUGCCCUCACAUUGAAGAGUGUGCUUCAUUAUACCAAUGGAACGCGAGCUGAUGCGCCACAAGGCACGUCCAAAACUUGCUCCUCGCUGCGGGCCUCACCCAGUUUCAAAAAUAUCCUGUGUCAGUUGUGCUCCCAUCUGCCAGACCCCGACUUGUCUGUCAUGGCCACCCCACUGCGAUUCAAGCGUCAGCCUUGAUUACGAUCGAAGUUGCGACACUAAGGUACGAGGGCGGCCUGGGUUGCUGAUCGCUAUUUGGUGGCGGCAAACAUUGGAAAAGACUUCAAUGGUAUACUGUGUCAUAUUUAAAAUAAAACAUUACAAUUUCUUACUCUU